UUUGUCAUUCAUUUGUUUUUGUGUCAAUCAAAAUAUUGUUAAAUCUUCUAGUACCUUUAAUAUAUCACAAGAAACAUGAAUCUAAGCAAUAAUAAAUAUAUUCAAGUAGCAGGGAGCACGGCGGGUAUCACAAGCAGCGACAAAGUGGUCCAAGACAUUCUGAACACCUUCACGGAUCUCAGGCAUUACUCCAGGGAGAUCGAAAAUGAACUCAAAACCACCGAAAAUCAGUCCAUAAAGGUGUACAUGGAAGAAAGCGAGAACAUAGCGAGUCUACACAAUCAGAUAACAGCCUGCGACCAAAUACUGGAACGGAUGGAGAACAUGUUAUUAGAUUUCCAAACCGAUCUAGGGAGCAUCAGCACGGAAAUAUUGACUUUGCAGAGAAAGUCAAUAUCUAUGAGCCAAGAACUAACGAAUAGGCAAGCAAUUAGAGGUCAACUGAGCCAGUUCAUAGAUGAUAUAUCAGUUCCGGAGACUUUAAUCGUAGGGAUAAUGGAUCUGUCGGUCACUGACAAGGAGUUUUUGACGCAAUUACAAAUUCUCAACCAUAAAAUCGGCUUUCUGAAAGAGCAGAGCUUCAAAGACACCAAAUCAUGCCAGGACGUGAAAGACGUUCUUGAAAAACUGAGGAACAAGGCCAUGGCGAAGAUAAGGCAUUACCUUCUCGAGCAGGUAUCGAAAUUCCGAAAACCGAUGACCAACUACCAAAUCCCUCAGAAUAACUUGCUGAAACACAAGGGUCACUACGAGUUUCUACUGUCGAAUGAGAGGAACAUAGCCGAAGAAAUAGCCAACGAAUAUAUAGACACGAUGAGUAAAAUAUACUACUCCUACUUCAAAUCUUAUGACAGUCGGAUCAUGAAGUUACAGUACGAAGAGACGACCACAAUGGAUGAUCUCAUGGGCAUAGAAGACACUGCUACGAGAAGCCUCUUCAACAAAUCUCUGAAGCACAAAGCAACAGUUUUCACGAUAGGCAACAGAGGCGAUAUUUUGAACCAGCAAUUGGAAGCCCCUAUCAUUGUGCCCCAUGCCGAAACAAAGAACAGGUAUCCCUUUGAAGCCCUGUUUCGCAGUGUGCAGUACGCUUUGGUCGAUAACGCCUGUAGGGAGUAUCUGUUCAUUAGCGAAUAUUUUAUGGCUAAGAACCAAGCUGCCUUGGAUCUGUUCAAUAAAAUCAUGGAGAAAACCCUUACGCUGCUCCAGAAAAAUUUCAAAACCUACAUGUCGAGUUGCUUCGAUUCCAUAGCCGUUUUCCUUUGCUUCCAUUUGGUGCUGAGAUACAAGAUCAUGUGCCACAAGAGGUGCGUACCUGCCCUAGAUCAGCAUUGGGAAGUUUUAGAGAAUGUACUGCUCUCGAGGUUCGAAUACAUCGUUCAGCUGAACAUCAAAAGCAUCAGAGAUUGCGAUGUUACCAAGUUCAAUCUGGAGUUAGGACCCCAUUAUAUUGCCAGGCGUUACGCGGAAUUCAGCGCCGCCCUGGUGAGCAUCAGCGAAAACUUUCCCAACGAGCUGGUCAACAAGCUGCUGGCCGAACUCCAGGAAGAAGUAGAAAUGUUUAUACUCCGCAUGGCGGGUGCCUUCAAGGAGCGCAAAGACCAGCUCAUCUUCUUGAUCAACAACUACGACAUGAUCCUGAACAUCAUCAUGGAGCGAACGAGAGACAACUCCAAGGAGGCAGAGAUAUUCAAAUCCCGUCUAGCCGCCAAAAGCGGGGAGUAUGCAGAGCAGAUAUUGUUCCCGCACUUCGGCGAGAUGAUCCAGUAUGUCAAAGAGUGCGAGCAUUACUUCGAGAAGGGGAAGAUCAAGGAACUGAAAGCUAUGGAGCCCAAGUCGAUCGAUAUUGUGCAGAACUUUACGGCAAACUGGAAGAAAUCUCUGGAGGAUCUCAACCGGGAGGUGCUGCUGUCUUUCCCCAACUUGGUUACCGGUUCCAGUCUGCUACAGCUUGCCCUCACGCAGUUGGUGCAGUAUUAUCACAGGUUUCACAAGCUCCUAGGCCCUACUAUCAGGUCACAGCUUGUUAAUAUUCAUCUCAUCAUGGUAGAGAUGAAGAAGUACAAGACUUCUUUUUGAAGAGGUGCGAGUUUCGGAAGCUUCAGCGGAUUACCAAAUCAAGUACUUAUCUCAUUCCCUGUAUUUAUAAUAUCGAAAUUUAUUUAUUUAUUUUAAUAUAUUGAAAAAUUGCAACUGUUAUUU